AUGGCUCAUAUUGAUGCCGGAAAGACUACACUUGCUGAGUCUCUCUUGUUUGCGAGCAACAAAAUCUCAAGAAUGGGUAGUGUGAAUGAUGGAACCACGCAAUUUGAUUAUAUGGAACAGGAAAUUAAAAGAGGUAUUACUAUACGAUCCGCUUGUAGCAGUUUUGACUGGAACUCUUAUCAUAUAAAUCUUGUUGAUACGCCAGGGCAUACCGACUUCUCUGGAGAGCUGCACAGGGCAUUAGAGGUUAUAGAUGGCUGUAUAUUAGUUGUUGAUGGAACAAAAGGGAUACAAGCACAGACGAAACACAUAUAUGGCUCCUUACCUAAAAACAUGCCUAGAAUAGUAUUUGUAAAUAAACUUGAUAGGCUGGGAGUUUCCAUUGAUUACAAUUUGAAGUCCAUAAAGAGGCAUCUUUGCUCAGAUUUUCUUUUUCUAGAGAACCCUAGUUACCUGUUCGAAGAUGGAGACAUUAAAGAUGCCAAAAUAUCGCAAAUAGUUGAACAUAUGGCCAAUUUUGAUGAAGAUAUAGCUGACGCAUAUCUGAGUGACAAAGCGGUUCCUAAAAAACAGAUCCUGGAAAAAUUAAGAGAAUACGUACAGAAUGCCAAGAUUACACCUGUAUUAUGUGGUUCUGCACUUAAAUUUGUUGGAGUUACUGAUCUUUUAUCCAUUCUCUGCGAAUUAUUCCCACAUCCAAAACCCGAAGAAUCAGAAAAAAGCAAUUCUACAACUUUGUAUACAUUUAAAACAAUUCCUGAUAAACUUCCAAAUGUGAACUCAUUUUGUAAAGUAAUAGUUGGAACAUUGGAGCCAAAGAUGAAGUUGUUUAAUGCAACAUUGUCAAAGCCUGAUAGUUUUCGGGAUUCACAAACUUGCAAACUUGUUCAAGCAAUUGACAGUAUAAAAAUAGAAGAUCCAAGCCUAAUCUACAAAUAUGACCCAGAUGCUAUUGACAGUAUUGUUGUUGGCGGAUUUGGUGAAUUUCAUUUUGAGAUCCUUGCGGAACUACUCAGGGAUAAUUAUGGGAUAGAAAUUGAGAUUGGAGACGCAAAAAUCGCAUAUAAGGAAACACCUGCUGAUGUUUUUAGGUCAUCAUUAUUCAUUGAUAAAAAACCAGAAGGUAUAUAUUUCCCCACUUAUAUAAACAAUGUAGAAAAAUCGCACAUUGGCUUGGAAUUGAUUAUUGAACCAUUAGAACAAUCGCAAGUGACGGACGCAUCAUCGUUUGAUCUAAUUUCAAACAGCUCCAAUAUUUCUCAGCGGUGUAUUGUUGCUGUUGAUGAUAACAUUUAUAAAAAAUAUUCUGGAGAAAUAUCACCAUCAUCAGAACUGGGACAAGAAGUAUUAUCGAAUAUUCAAGAUUUAUUGCUAAACUCUUUAGCUUCAGGUCCAAUUUUGGGAUCUGGCAUGAUUCUUACAAAAAUAACUAUAUCGGAUAUUAAAAUAUACUCUUCUUCAACUGUUGCUGGUGCAAAAUUUGUGGCAUCAAGGGUUCUAAAGAGCAUUUUCGACAAGGGUGUAUUCACAUUACUCCAACCUAUAAUGUUAAUUACUGUUUCUAUUCCAAACGAGUUUGUUGGUCUCAUUACAAAAGACUUGAGAAACAAUCGCAACGCAAGAAUUGUGGAGAGAUCAGUUUAUCAAGAUGGAAAUGACGCACAAGCUUCUGUUGUUGCAAUUGCUCCUUUGCAAGACUUGCUAGGAUACACAAGAGUUAUUAGAUCAAUUACAAGAGGGAAUGGAACAUUUACAAUGGUGCCGAAUGGAUAUGAACCAACAAAUUGA